UGACAAAGUUCGCCCUUUUUGUUUUUAUUGACAGAGACCUAAUUUGAGUUAUUGCUUUUGUAAUAGCGUAUGGAUAUUCUAAAAAUUCUAGUGCGUUAGUGUUUUUGGGGAUGUCUUAUGCAGGUCACAAGUCGCGGAUAUUCCGUGACGAUGGCGACAUACCGGAGGUUAUUAGGAGAAGAUCCGAAGGUCGAUUGAAAAGUUAUCCGUCUACGCAAGACGCUAGAGCAUGGACCAACGACGGAGAAGAGCGGAGGCAGCAAAUCUUAGACCUCAUCAACUCGGAUAUUCAAAAGUGUUCGAUGGGAAAGUAUGUCCCGAUCGAUGUGCUUAUAAACACAUUAUUGGCAAAUAAGAAUGCAGACGCUGCUAGAUUGAAAAACCAAGUGGACGCGUUACAAAAGUUAUUGGAUAUGUACUCAAAAUUGGACCUUACAGAGGACCAAAAACGAGCGCUUGCUAAAAUGAAGCAGGAAGCAGGUGGAGACUUAGAAAGUAUAGCAGCAGGCCGUAGUCCUAAGGGUUCGCCGCGUGAUGAUAGAGAAAAAUGCGCUGCAGUUAAAAGAGAACGGGAGGGAUCAUCGUGCUCUGCACUUCAAAAAGCGGGUCAAACUAAAAAGGAAAAAGAUGGAAAAUCGUGUGCGGCUCUUGAGAAAAUGGGUCAAGGUGACUUGAGAGCGCUCGUGGUACAGAAAGACGCAGAGAUUACAGCACUGAAAAAUGAGUUAGGGGCUACCAAAGCAGAGCUGGCUGCGGCACGUGAUAAAUCACAAACAUCCAAGACGGAUGCACAAGUUAAGGGACCUGAUAAAGCAUGCAUUAAGGAAAUAGAAGGCCUUGAAGCAGAACUCCAGCGACUAAAAUCGAAAGGUCAGUUAUCGGCCGACGAUGAAGCAGAAAUAAUACGAAAAGAAAUAGAAGUGCUAAAGAGAUACUGUACCAAGCUUUCCACGAUAGAAGAAGAAAAUAAGAAACUUAGGAACAAGUUGGAAGGUCGCGAUUCUUCACCAACAGUAACCACAUCUAGCGCUUUAACACCUGACGAUGAUCUUAGGAUGGAACUUAAUUCGAAAAUCGCAAAACUAAAUGAAGUAGUUGGCGAAAGAGAUCGGUUAAAGAACCGAAUUGAUGUACUGGAGGGAGAACUAAUUAAGUACACAGACCUACCAAAGGAAAUUAAGGAUGUAAAACGCAAGGCAGAAACCAUAGAUACUAGAUCGAUUAAAUCUGCAGACAAAGCAACGGAGGUCGAUAACGCCCAGGAUGUUCAGCGAGAAAUAGAAACGUUAAAAAAGAAAGCUAGCGAAGCUGGCGAACUGCAAAGCAAGCUGGACAACGUUAAUAAGGAAAUUGAACGUGUGAGGCGAGAGUCGGCGGCUCAAAUUGAAGAGUUGAAAUUAAAACACGAGGAAAUGACAACCAAACGGCAAUUUGAGACUAAUGACAUGCACAAAGAGAUUAAAUGUUUAUCGAAAUGCGCACAGGAAGCGAAGUCCUUGCGGUGCGAACGAGAUGACCUCAAGAAGAGACUUGCGCAGCUCUCUGGACUGGAAACGCAAUUUAAAAAAUUGCAAGAGAAAGUGAAAUACCUCGAGUCCAUCAAGAAAGAGCGAGAAAUGUACAAGAUGAGGUACGAGGAGUUGUUGGGGUUGGAAUGCCAGUGCGAGAUUCUGAAAGCCCAGGUUGACAAUUUUAAGAACAUAGAUCAAGAUCGCGAGGGAUUAAUUGCGCAGCUCAGAGACUGCGAAUGCUGCAUUGCUGAUCAAGAGGAGGAGAUUAAGAGACUGAUAGCUCACAUUGACCGCAUGAGUGAUGGCUGUAAUGAACAACAGGGCCGGAUGCAGAAAGAAAUUUUAAGUAUGAAAGCCGAACUUCAUCAAAAGAACGCGCUAAUAUCCAAGUCUGAAGAACGCCUCGCUUGUGUACAAGAGCAGUUGAGAAAUACAAUUAAGGGGGUGACUUGCGAGACUUCAUGUCUCAGGAAACGUAUUCUCGAAUUAGAGCAGGAGCUUGCGCUUGUAACGAAGACAAAAGCAAGUAGAUCAAGAAAAGGGGCCCCAGAUUCAGAUGAGCAUUUCAAUGAAAUGUUACGGCAAUCAAGGCACGCGGUCAAAAGAGUGUCUGAAGAAUUAGAAAAACACUACAAAGAGUGGGAUUCAUUAAAAGGGAUGUCGGUAACCACCGAUCAAGAAAUAUACGAUAAAUAUGCCAACGAAAAACGCACCAACGCAGAAUUACUGAAGAAAAUCGAUACGCUUCAAGGGAAACUAGACGAGUCCAAUGCCCUAAAUACGAAAUUGGCUAAUGAAUCUCAAAAAGAAUAUGAACAGCUCAAGGUAGAAAAUACCUCAUUGAGGCGAUACUCUACUGAAAUACAGGCAUCUGCAAAUGAUCAAAUUAAAGAUUUAAUAAAUGCCCUCGAUGAUGCCCAUAAACAAAUUUCGCAGUUAGUGUUAGAAAAUAAAGAGUUAAAUGAGUCUCUAAAGCAAUGCAAAGAAAAACCAGCACAACCUGUUGAAAGGGCAGAAACCCAAGUGUCUGGCGAAAUUGAUGCAAUCAUAGAUCAGAAUAAACAGUUGUUAAAAGACAAGCUCACACUAGAAAAUGAGAUCGAUACCCUAAAGCAACAAUUAGAGAAUUAUAAAAAGCAAUUGGAUCGAAGAGUGUCGGGCGAUAAUGAAAGGCAAAUGCAAGAAAAGCUGUGCAUGCAAGACAUUAUUAGACAAUUGCAAGCACAAAUUGCGGCAAUGGAGGCCCGGGAUCUAGAUUCACAAUUGCGUGUGGAAACUGCAGUACCAACUCGUGAAAGAGAUUCAACCACUGAGUCGCCUACAUUAAUUGGGAAACAACUCCAGAUUCAGCCAGAUUCAAAAAGCGCAGCGGUUGAAGCUGAUACUCCCGCAAGUCCGAAAGCGAUGCCAGCUCCUGAAAGUCUCCCUUUUGCUGAUUCGGAGGAUUUAAUUUCUAAACUUAGGGAUCAGCUAGAAAAAGAACGUGCCAGAGCAGAAUCGGCGGAAAGCAGUCUUCGGCAACUUAAAGGUGCAGACGAACAAAUCACCGAUUCAUCUGAUAUUAUUGCAAAACUAAAAUCGCAACUUGAGCAAGAAAAAGCAAGGGCCAAUUCGGCAGAAGCCAACUUUAAAGAGCUGCAACAAAAAUAUGAGUCUCGGGUUGUCGACGCAGCACAUAAGGGAGACGUUACAGAGAAAACGUCAACUGCCGAAAGAGGGUUAGUAACCGAUGACGACGCUCAACUCAAAUCAGAAUUGACUGCAGCGAGAGCAAGAGCCGAAACUUCAGAAGCGACAUUAAAGCAUUUGCAAGCUACAACAGAGUCUAGUGAGGCUGCAAUGUCUGAUAUAAUUGCCAAUCUUAAAUCACAAUUAAAGCAGGCAGAAGCUAAAAUUGAGGACCUAGAAGCGAAGUUGAAGCAUGCACCCACUGGAACCGCGAUGGAAACGGAUUGUCUAGACGAAAUUGCAAAAUUGAAAGCAGAGUUAGAGCAAGAAAAAGCAAAAUCGGCCAAACAGGUGAAAGUCGAAUCGCAAUCUCAAACCGACCUGCAAAAAAGCGACAAAGAAUUGCAAACGAAACCGAAAUUGGAAAAGGUGGAACAGAGGUCUCGCGCAAGUGGAGUUUUGGCUGACGAAUUUGAUGAUAGCGCAAAACUGAAAUCGCAAUUAGAAAAGGCAAACGCUCGAGCAAAUGCUUCGGAAGCUACUCUCAAAGAGUUACAGGCCAAGAUAGGCGCAAAGCGGACUCGUGAAAGUGGAGUUGAAACUGAUUUUCAGGAUGAGACAGCAAAACUGAAAUCGCAAUUGGAAAAGGCGAACGCAAGAGCCGAUACUUCGCAAGCCAAUUUUAAGGCGUUGCAAGCUAAAGUAGGUCCAAAGCGUACUCGAGAAAGCGGAGUUGCAACUGAUUCGCAGGAUGUAACGGCGAAACUCAAAUCGCAAUUGGAAAAGGCAAACGCUAGGGCAGAGUCUUCGGAAGCUAAUCUCAAGGCACUUCAGGCUAAAAUGGGUGCAAAGCGGACCCGAGAUAGUGGCGUCACAACUAGUGAUCUUAUAGCAAAAGGAACCCGUGGAAGAGGAAGCCAAACAGACAAACCUGAUGAAACCGUUGCGCUGAAAGCCAAAUUGGAAAAAGCAAACGCAAGAGCCAACGUUUCGGAAGCUAAUCUCAAAGCAUUGCAAGCUAAAGUGGAUGCGCAAGCAGCCAAACCAAAGCGCGAAGGUGGCGUUGUAACGGACCCUAUCGAAAAACCAAGAGUAGUGGGUGCCACGGAAACUGAAGCCGUUAAAGUUGGUCAAGCGGAAAUGCAAACGAAGGAUGUUGUUUCAAAAGGGCGAACAAUGCAAACUGCCGAGGACCCAGUACUAGAGGAAAGUAAAGAAAAGAUUAAAAAGUUAGAGGAUAAGAAUAGAGAUUUAACGAAUGCGCAACAAAAGUCCAUGAAUGAGGCUUCUGCAUUAAGGCGAGCGUCUAAAGAGGCGGAAGAAUCUCACGCGGAUCAAAUACGACGUCUUUCGCAGUCGUACGAAGAUCAACUAAGAAAAUCCCAAGUGGAUUUGGAACGAGCCUCAGCAAUCAAAAACUACCAAGAGAAGGAAAUAAAAAAUCUCCACAAACGUUACAGCGACGGAAUUGCCAAACUUCAGGGGUCUCAUGAGGAAGUUAUAAAGGAAAUAAACGUGGAGCACGAGAAAGAGGUGGAUAUUUUACGGUCAGCGUUGCGUGCAAGUAAAGAGGUCAUUGCCGACUACCAACGGCGUCCAUUGUCCACGAUUGUCGAGGAGACGUCGACGCAGAAAGUACCUUUAUCAUCCGAAACUGUGGAGGGUGUAACAAUUACCCCUUCCCCUAAAACGAAUGUCGAAACCUCGACGCAAGGGGACAGAAGUUGCAAAUGCAUUCCAAGCUUGAAGGCAAUUGCUAAGAAAAUCCUUCGCGGUGGAAUGGAGGUUUUGGACUUUGUCGACUUGAAGAUGCUACACGAAAAAACGUGCGAGGCAACUGCUGCGUUGCUUAGGACGUCUGCGAUCCAAUGGGGUCCUUGCAUGUGCCAACCAAGAAUUAAUAACAUGCAACUGCCCGAAGACAAACAAAUUUUAUUGACGAAAAUCAAUUCGCUCGAGAACGAAUUGUUUAAAAAGCAAAAGCACACACAGCAAAAAAUUGGUGCCUUGCAAAUAUCGGUGAAGAUGGAAAGAGAACGUUUACAGGAAUUCAAAGCAUUGCUGGAUACCGAACGGAAUAGGAAUAACGAACUGAUGUGCAAGAUAGGUGCCCAGUCUCGUAUCGUUGCGAGCAUGCAAGCGGAAAGGGAUAUGAUGCGAAGGAGAGGUUCCUUCAAUGAAGAAAAGAUGCAGUCGCUAUUGAUACUAUGUGAACAAGAAAAUGCAAAAAUAAGACAGUUAGAGGAGGAUUUAAAUCAAGAACGCGAGAUGCGUAAAAGAGAUGUCGAAGAAUUACAAGAGUUGCAAAGGAAACAGUAUAGCACACCGCGUGGAUGCCACUGUAACGCAGAUUGCCGAUGCAAGCAGCAAACGUUAGGUCAAGACAACCAACCCGUUAGACAAAGUACAGAGAUGGCCUACCAUGUUCAACCUCAAUACAGUCCUCGCGAACUCAUAAAUAGACAGACAUUCACGAGGCAAUGCGGCGUAAAGCAAAUUUGCUCAAGGAGAAGAGGUUCCCUGUCACCUGAAACCAAAAUUAAAUCACCUGCCGAUUUAGAAGAUAUCGAUUGAUAGACGAAACUGGCGUCGUUAAAUCCUUAUGUAAUGUGAUCGUUACGCUUGUGAUG